UGGAUCUGGGGAAGGCCCGGCCCCUGGGCCAUUAGGCGGCUGUGCGUUAAGUGGUGGACGCCGGGGGAGAGCCGGCGAGGGGCGGACCCCAGCGCCCACAGUGACGGGGGCGCGCGCCGCCGGCUCCGCCCGAAGACUCUAGUCGGCGGGCCAGCGGGCCCGUCAUUGGCAGCGGCGGCAUGGUCUUCUGUCUGGACAACGAGCAGCCACGCCUCCCGCUGCGAAGCGCCAUGGUCCACUUCCAGGCCUCAGAAGUCCAGCAGCUGCUACACAACAAGUUCGUGGUCAUCUUGGGGGACUCAAUCCAGCGGUCUGUGUACAAGGACCUAGUGCUCUUGCUCCAGAGGGACUCCCUGCUCACAGCUGCUCAGCUGAAAGCCAAGGGGGAGCUGAGCUUUGAACAGGACCAACUGGUGGCUGGGGGUCAGCUGGGCGAACUGCACAACGGGACACAGUACCGGGAGGUCCGCCAGUUCUGCUCGGGUUCUGGCCACCACCUUGUGCGCUUCUACUUCCUCACCCGCGUUUACUCCGAGUACCUCGAGGGCGUCCUGGAGGAGCUGACAUACGGGCCUGCCCCGGACCUGGUGAUCAUCAACUCCUGCCUCUGGGAUCUCUCCAGGUAUGGCCGCUGCUCAAUGGAGAGCUACCGAGAGAACCUGGAGCGGGUGUUUGUGCGCAUGGACCAGGUGUUGCCAGACUCUUGCCUGCUGGUGUGGAACAUGGCAAUGCCCUUGGGGGAGCGCGUCACUGGGGGUUUCCUUCUGCCAGAGCUCCAGCCCCUGGCAGGGUCUCUGCGGCGGGAUGUGGUUGAAGGGAACUUCUACAGCGCCACGCUGGCCGGGGACCACUGCUUUGAUGUCCUGGACCUCCACUUUCAUUUCCGGCAUGCGGUACAGCACCGUCACCGAGACGGUGUCCACUGGGACCAGCAUGCCCACCGCCACCUCUCACACUUGCUUCUGACCCACGUGGCCGACGCCUGGGGUGUGGAGCUGCCCCAGCGUGACUAUCCUUCUGACCCAUGGAUUGAGGACUGGCCAGAGCCGGAUCAUCCGUUCCAGGGGAGCCAUGGGCAGCCCCCAGACUUCGGGGAGCAGCUGUGUUUGCCCCCACCCCAGCCUUCUCCUCUGCCCCCUCCCAUACCUUUCCCCUACCCCAUUCCUCAGCCCUCGCCGCCUCCCCUGUUUCCACCCCUGCCCCAGGACACCCCCUUUUUCCCAAGCCAGCCCUUCCCAGCCCAUGAAUUCUUCAGUUAUAAUUCAACAGAAGACUUCUCGAUGUCACCCCACUUAGGAUGUGGCCCUGGAGUGAAUUUUGUGCCUGGCCCCCUGCCACCUCCAGUCCCUGGCCCUGUCCCCCAUGGCCAGCACCGGGGCCCAGUGGUCCACCGGGGGAUGCCACGCUGUGCUCCCAGCAGCCCCUACCAUGUGCCGAGGAUGGGGGGGCCCUGCAGACAGCGGCUCAGACACUCAGACAGACUGAUCCACACAAACAAACUGGACAGACAGCCUCCUGCCCAUUCGGGGACAUGGCCUGGGUAGACUGGAUCUUGGCCUGGGGCUGGAUGUGCCGAUGGCCCUGCAGGGCCUGCUUGCCACCCCCGGUGCUGGGUCAGGGCGUCUGUUAUGCCUGACAUUGUUCUUGUCCAUUGCUGUCACUAAAUAAAGGCGUGGAAGAACAGA